AUGUCGACAGCUCCCACACUAUUCACCUCGCAAGGCUUCAGUGAACUAAACCCUCACCCCGACCCUCUUAUCGGGGACAGACAAUCAAACACUCCAUCACUCCACUCACUCACUCACUCACUUCAACACCCACCCACCAACAACACCCUCACCAUGGCCACUGCCAUGUUCGCCCGCUCCUUCAAGCCAUCCUUCCAGACGGGCGUGCCCAAGACCUUUCGUCAGGUCCGGUACAAUGCCACGGUCGUCAAUGGCAUUCCUCGCGUCCCCUCCCCACCGAAAGUCUCGACCAAGCCGUCGUACGAGCGGGCCACCUUCACCAUCAAGAAUGGCCCCAUCUUCCACGGCAAGAGCUUCGGUGCCCGAACCAACAUCAGUGGAGAGGCUGUCUUCACCACCUCCUUGGUGGGAUACCCCGAGUCAAUGACCGAUCCCUCCUACCGUGGACAGAUUCUCGUCUUCACUCAGCCUCUCAUCGGCAACUACGGCGUACCCUCGAGUGCGYGCGAUGAGUACGGCUUGUUGAAGUACUUUGAGAGUCCCAACAUCCAARCGUGUGCCAUUGUCGUUGCUGACGCAGCACUGCAAUACUCGCAUUGGACGGCCGUCGAGUCUCUCUCCGAAUGGUGUGCCCGUGAGGGUGUCCCAGCCAUUACCGGUGUCGACACUCGUGCUAUUGUCACCCAUCUCCGUGAGGAGGGAUCUUCACUCGGCAAAAUCACCGUCGGUGAAGAGUACGAUGCCGAUGAGGAUGAGGCCUAUGAUGACCCUGCCAACGUUAACCUCGUUCGCAAGGUUUCCACCAAGGCACCCUUCCACGUCCCAUCUCCCAAUGGCACCGCACACGUCGCUCUCAUCGACUGUGGAGUCAAGGAGAACAUCAUCCGUUCGAUUGUCAGCCGUGGCGCGAGCGUCACCUGCCUGCCAUUCGACUACCCCAUCCACAAGUCCGCCCACCACUUCGACGGUGUUUUCAUUUCCAACGGUCCCGGUGACCCAACCCAUUGCCGUGCUACCAGUGACAACCUUYGCAAGCUGAUGAACACCAGCCAGAUCCCCAUCAUGGGAAUCUGUCUGGGUCAUCAACUGUUGGCCAUUGCUGCUGGAGCUCGCACCAUCAAGAUGAAGUACGGUAACCGUGCUCACAACAUUCCCGCCCUCGACUUGAGGACGGGCAAGUGCCACAUCACCAGCCAGAACCACGGAUAUGCCGUGGACCCAACCACCCUUCCCAGUGACUUUAUGGAAUACUUCACCAACUUGAACGACGGCUCCAACGAGGGCAUGAUUCACACUUCUCGCCCCAUCUUCAGCACACAAUUCCACCCCGAAGCCAAGGGAGGUCCAUUGGACAGCAGCUACCUGUUUGACGCCUACUUGGACAGCGUGAAGAAGUACAAGGGCAGCCAGGAUGUCCUCAAGGGAGGACUCGACAGCCGACCUAGCCCAUUGUUGGUGGAUCUUCUGUCCAAGGAGAGAGUGGGUGUCGCACCAGGACAGAAUUGA